AUGGCGGGCAAGCGCAAGAACAAGAAGAACGGGCACACUCAUCGGAAGAAAGGGAAGAACCGGUCCAAGGAUGAAAGGGCUGUGUGGGCCCGGCAACAACAGCAACAACAGCAAGCCGCCUUGCAGACUCCCCAUCUAGUCACUCCUCAUGUCACCACUGGUCCUUUCCACAAUGAAGAUAUUGAUGGUGUGCUUCCUCCUCCCGCCGCCUCCCUUCGCUCUGCUGCUCGCAAGCCAACCACGGAGCAACCGGAUGAUGAACGACUGAAUGAACUCUUGGGUCCCCCUUCUGAUGAUGAGCAAGAGCCUCCUUCCGACGAUGAUGAUGCUGCAGCAGCAGACCUUCGUCUCACUCCUGAAGAGAUGGAAUCUUUCCUGAGGCAGUACUGGAUUGGCAAUCAAGGACGCUCUUGGGAUGAAGACGCGGAAGCCAAUCAAGAAUAUCUUCGGAGACAUCAAUUACUGUGCCAAGAACGACCUUGA